AGCCGCAGAGCUGUUUUUAGUGCUCAUGUGUGUUUGAGGGAGAGUGCCAGCUAGACUCGGUGAAACCGGACAGAAAAUGAGGAUUUUUGCUCUCCUGGUUAAAAGACGGGAGAAAGAAGCAUGAUUUAAGAACGUAUCUAGGCUGUCUGAACAGUCAGGGUGUAGCUAAACUCGAGCCGUUGAGAAAUUCCUUUAUUUUCUGUGAGUAAAAUUCCAACAAUGGAGCCGAUUACCAAGUGGACACCUACACAAGUAGUGGAGUGGAUGAGAGGUCUUGAUGACAGUCUGCAGCAGUAUGUGUCUAACUUUGAGAGGGAGAAGAUAAGUGGAGAGCAGCUGCUUAAGAUCUCUCACCAGGACCUGGAGGAGCUGGGGGUGGCUCGCAUUGGCCAUCAGGAGCUGGUGCUGGAGGCUGUGGACCUGCUGUGUGCUCUGAACUAUGGUGUGGAAACUGAUAACUUGAAGAACCUGGUGGUAAGAAUGAGAGCAGCAUCCAACAAUCUACACAUCGGGACUUCAGAGCGCAGGAAGAGCCCAAGCUAUGAUGGCAGCAGCUCCCGCAAACCCCCCAAUGAGUUCCUCACAUCUGUGGUUGAGCUCAUCGGUGCAGCUAAAAGCCUUCUGGCAUGGCUGGACAGAACCCCUCUGACUGGGAUCAGUGACUUCACCACCACCAAGAACAAGAUCAUCCAGCUGUGCUUGGAGCUGACCACCACAGUCCAGCAGGAUUGCAUUGUCUUCGAUAUGGAGGAGAAGAUUCUGGAAGUUUCCAAGGUGCUGAACAAUAUCUGUGACCAGACCGUGAGAACCACCUCUGAUCCUCUAAUGAGCCAGUCAACGUGCUUGGAGGAAGUGCAGCUGACCAACAUCAAUCCCGGAGAGGGGCUGGGGAUGUACAUCAAAUCCACCUACGACGGGCUUCACGUCAUCACCGGCACCACUGAGCAUUCUCCAGCAGACAUGUCCCACAAGAUCCACGCAGGCGACGAGGUGAUCCAGGUGAACCAGCAGACAGUGGUGGGCUGGCAGUUGAAGAACCUGGUGGCUAAGCUGAGGGAGGAUCCUAAAGGAGUGGCGCUGCUGCUGAAGAAGAGGCCGGCAGGCACGUCAGGGUUCACACCCGCACCCCUCAAAAACAUGCGCUGGAAACCCCCACAGGCACAGAGCUCCUCAUCUCCCAGUAAAAGCCAGUCACCUGGAAGCAGCACAGAAUCCAGCAGCAGGAAGGAGAAACCCGCCAUCCUGGACCUGUACAUCCCCCCACCUCCAUCAGUGCCUUACACACCACGGGAAGUGCGGACCAGCUCCUUCAGCAAUGUUAACAAUAGACCUAAAGGAUCUGAAUCACCCAACUCCUUCUUGGACCUGGAGAGCCGGCGGCGCUUUACCAUCGCAGAGUACGACAAGCUAUCUGUCUACCCUGUGGAGGCCAAUGUAGUGCAGACUCGCCUGAGAGAGAGAAGCUCUUCACGUGGUAAACCACGGCCUCUAUCAAUGCCAGCAGACACAUGCCUGAAUGUGACAGAUCCUUGCGCCAGGCCCUGGACACAAGGACGGAAAGGUGAGGAUCUGCUGUACAGAUAUCUCAGCAACGAGCGCAUACCCACCAUAGCCGAGGAGAUACCCAGCACAGGGCGAUCGUACAAAUCGCCAGGAGAACGGUGCGUGCGGGGGGUGGACCACGUGCGAAACAGCCGAUUUCUUGUCAACGUAGACCUCCACAACAGCGCAACCAUUCCAUACCAAGAGGACUUUACCAAAAAGACCCCAAUGACCUCCACUCCAAAAAGGCCCCCCACGGAGCCCUCGCUACUGCAGGAUCCUGACUGGACUUCCAGUGCAUUCAUCAACAGGUACAGCACUUCUGGAAUCCGAUCCUGGUCAUUCUCUCAAGCGGCCUCCUUCCCUAUUUCACUAGCCCCUAGAAAGGCUGCCGAUGAAUACAACCCUGUGUCCCUCAGACAAAAGUCUAAAAAGAAGAGUCAAAGAGGCAAUGCAACAAUGAGCAGGAGGAGAGUCUCAGUAAGGGAGCUGGACCCAGUGGACCACCAGGGCUGGCUCUACAGAAAGAAUGAAGGAAAAGGCUUCCUGGGCAUCAAGUGGAAGAAAUACUGGUUUGUUCUGAAGAAAACCUCACUCUACUGGUACACUAAUCAGAUGGCUGAAAAGGCAGAGGGCUACAUUAACCUGACUGAUUUUCUGAUCGACCGAGCAAUGGAGUGCAAGAAAAAAUAUGCCAUUAAAGCAUGUCACCCGAAGGUCAUGAUCUUCUACUUUGCUGCUGAAAGCAACGAAGAGAUGAACUUGUGGUUGAAUAAGCUUGGCCUUGCGUCCAUUCAGUACGAACCCACAGAGAGUCUUCAUCCAGCUGAAUGCUACAGUGAGGCGAGUGAUCAUGAGGAGGCUGAAUCCACAGAUGCUCCCCCUCCACCCUACUCUGAGCAGCUAAACCACGGCUCAGUGAUUAUGAACAGUCCACCAGGCACUGGACUGUCGGGGAGCCUCCUUCCUCCGUACUCGUCUCCAGUACCCAGCGAGGCCACGCCCUCCUCGCCCGUCAGCACUAUGACUUCCCACAGCUCUGUCUCUUCACUGGCAAAGCACCGGCAGUCCUGGCUUGACUUGGUCUCUCAGGCUGCCCCUGCUGCUGCAGAAACAGUGGUGUGCUCUGCUCAGGUUCAUACUCAGAGAACAACCGUUGAGGAGGCCUUACGAUGCAGUGAAGCAUCUGCUGCUGCUGCAUCUCAGGACCCCUUGCUCAGAAGAGUCAGAACAGAGCCCACAGAGCAAGUAUUGCUUCGGCCAAGGGAGAAUUUGACUUCAAAUGACCACAAUGGUAAGGAGAGCAUCACUGAUGAGAUGGAAAAACUGUAUAAAGAUUUAAAAAGAGCUAGCCUGUCCCCCAUUGGUGACAGGAGGCCAUCGUCUAAACGGGAAUUUAGAGCAUCCUUCGUAAAGCGCUGCAAAAACCAAACGGUCAACGAGAAGUUACACGUCAUCAGAACCCUCAACAGCACACUGAAGGCUAAAGAAGCAGAUGUGCUGACCCUGGAUCAGAUACUUGCUGACCCCUCCCUGACUGCUGAUAAAUUCAGGCAGUGGAAGGAGGAUAACAUAGUGCUGCUGCAAGAAAUGCAACUGCGGCGUUCUGCUCUGACUGAGCCCCACGAGCACCUCGUUUUAACCGCCGCAGCCCCACCGCUAACAGAAACCAGUGUAUAGAACGUUGUAGGUAGUAGACAUAGUUCUUUAAAAGAUAUGGCACUGUCAGACUAAAAUGGGUUUGAACUUGACACAAGUUUAUUUAUUGCUCAAGUCAAUAAUGUGGUCUCAAAUCCACCAUUUUUCUAACUGAAGGAUUUUUUUUUUUUUUUUUUUUUUUU